AUGGCUGAUUUAGAGAAUCUUCGCACAGCAUCGCUGUAUAUAAACAACCAGCUCCUUUCGAGGGGCCUCUUGCGCGAUGGCGAGACCAUCGACUUUUCCAACCCCGGGAACAAUGAAGGCGGGACGGCUGCGACGAUGGGUCGGAUCAUGGGCAUCGUCAAUGAUUUGAUCCUGCGCAGAGAUCGAGAUGCUGAGCACCGCGAAUCACUCUCAGUAGCGAUGCGGACCCUCCGCGCAGACAACCUCAGACAGACAAGCGACCUCACCCGUCUGACCGAGAAGCACGCCGAGACGGAGCGGAAGCUGAACCUCGCCGACGCCUCGGAAUCAACCCUGCGCACACAGCUCAAGAGCGCCGAGUCUGCACUACGCGGACUCAAAGAAGAGAUGUCGCGCGCGAAAACCCUCGUCGCCCAAACCCGCGCCUCGUGCGCCACAGAAGUAAGACGUCGAGAUCGCCAAAUCGACACCCUGAAGAAGCAGCUGAGUGAAGCGACGAGGUCCCGUGGAUCCACGAAAAACCCCGCCAUAACCGUCAUCAGCGUCACCGGCGAUCUUGGGCUAGAGAAGGGCUCUCCAAGCCAGGCGGGGUGCACGGCCAAUUCUGGCUACGACCUUCGGAGCGAAACGAACGAGUUCCUGACCGAGCUUGCCAAGAGUUUGAGCGAAGAAAAUGAACACCUCCUGGUGCUCCUCCGUCAAAUAAGGGAUGACAUCAGGUCCAUGAGCGGCUGGGAACGCGAAGCCCCGGAGGGCGACGGCCAUGUCGUCACCGUCAUCGCUGGUGUUGAUGAGCUGGAGUCUGAUCUGAAGAACGUACUAGAACAUCUACGCACUAUUCUUACGAACCCAUCGUUCGUGCCGCUUGAAGAGGUCGUAACACGAGAAGAAGAGAUUGGCCGUCUACGUGAUGGAUGGACAAAGAUGGAAACAAGAUGGAAAGAAGCCGUACAUCUGAUUGACGGUUGGAGGAAGCGAAUGGCUUCCAACGGAAGGCCCGUGAACGAAGAGGAACUUAAGAUGGGCCUUCGACUCAGUCCCGUCCGCGUCAAAGACGUGGAAGAAACCUCUCACGGAGUGGAGUUACGCCUCCCUGCAGUCCAGGAGGAGGAAGAGGAAGAUUAUGAAGGAUAUGAUGCGGUCCAGGCGACUGAGCAGCAUGUGCUAGCAAACUCCCCUUGUCCGGUGAUACCGCCAGAGCCCAUCGCCACCUAUCCAGAUCAUGUAGAUCUGCCAGAAGACGAAAGUGACAGCGGGUCGAGCGUUUACGAUGAUGACUUUGACGUUGAAGAUUACGAUGUCGAAGAACCAAACGUCCAAAUCUUGGAACAAUCGACCGCCAUGAUCCGGCCAACUCAAGGCAUGAUGGACUCUUCACCACUUCCCGUGCCGCCACAGUUGAGCCCGCUCAAGGACUCGGAAUCGGCAGGAAAUCGCAGUGCCGCAAAUGCCACAGGGCCACGGGGCAAAUCUAUCGAUUACUCAAAGAUUGCGGCGGAAGACACCUUCGAACUAGUUGAGGAUGUGCCUGAGUCCCAGAGCGGGCGCUCACGAAAGGAGCUAGUAACGAGACGGCAAAUCCGUCCUGCCACGGCGCACCCAUCUACUUCCCAGACUGAACAAGAGUUCGAGUCAAAGCAGGUCGAAUUAGAGUCAUCCACGUCAUCCCUAGACAGCCUCCUACUCGAGAGUCCGUCGAAGAAGCCGACCCAAGCGCGUAUCAGAACCGUAACGGCAAGGCCUCGCCAGGCUCAGCCUACCAUCAGGCCAAGAGCGGCACCCGCUCCAAGACCGCCCAGGUCAGCGGCGACACCUUCAAGGGAAGUCAAGACCGUGGCCAAGAAAUCAGUAAGCCCGAGGGAGCGAGUUCAACCUAAGCCGGCUGCUGCCCCGACUCCCUCUCAGCCUUCUAUUAAGCGUGUAAACUCGCGCCUUCCUCUGCCCAGGCCAGCGGAGCCAGCGCCACAACAGAGCCCCCUUACAAUGGCUGCCAUUGCAGCUAAGCUAGCUGCUUCCGAACGUGAGGCCGACGCGGCUAGGGUCAGGGCUAAGCUGAAGGCCGCGAGGAUGGCUAAACGGAAGCCGGAACUUGCGCCCCCAACAGACUCGAAUGAAAUGGAAGCGCACACCGUCGAAUCUCUCCAGGAUACUGUUGAUCCUGUGAAAACGGAUCCCAUCCAGCGCGAAGAUGUGAGGGAAGAUGCCGAAGCCGAAGCGUUCGGUAAUGGUGAGCCUGAGGUGCAAACUAAGAGGAAGAGGGAGAAGAGAACCGGCAAAGCGGCGUCAAGGAGAACGUCAAGGAGGAGAAGCACAUUAAGUCCUUGGGAGCUGGAGAGUCUCAUAUCUGGGAACGUAGUUGCAACGCCGGCUAAGUGA